ACCAACGACAAAAGGUUUCACUUUAAUUGUGAUCACUUUUUGUUUCAAUAGUUGACUUUUGAAGUUUAAUAUUUUAUUAACCACAACAAUUUAUGAUUAACAAGUGAUUAACUAAAUUGAUUGACUUUCUGUUUGCUUCAUUUACACCACUCAAAGUGAUUUUAUUGUUAAUUGGUAAUUUUUGAUGAGAUGAAAGUUGUGAUUACAAUUUAAUUAUGAGCAAAUCAAAAGCAUCUUCAAUGAAAAGUCACCUAACAACAUCAAACUCUGUUUCUGACCAUCGUCCAUCCUCAAUUGUCAACAUGGAUUCACUGACCCUUAGUCAUGAUAACUCUGUAUCAGCUGUUUUAAUAUACUGUAAACAUAAAGUACUGUCACCUUACUUCCGGUUAACAUCAUUUCUCGGAUGGAGGCCACUUUUAUCCCACCAAUCGCCACCACCAUCGUCAUCAUCAUCCUCUCCAGCAUCACCCAACUCCACCACAGGUCAAUCAAUUGAUCCAUCAACCUCAUCAACCAACAUCUCAACGGAAUCAGCUAAAUCUUUUACAACAUUAAUCUCCUUCGUCCAGUUAUUAAUCAAUUGGUCAAUCAACUUAAUCAACUUUAUCUACACUCUACUUAUAUUAUUACUCAUAUUCUCAGCAUACUUUUUAUCAUAUUGUACCUGUUAUCGAGGUGAUGGUCUACCUCACCUUUUACCUUUGAUCAUAUCAAACAACAGCACAAUCAACACCAACAAUCAGGGUAACAAUUUAAAUCAUCUGAUGGACACAAAUUCAUUUACCCAUGGAAUUGAUUACAAUUCAACUCUCAAUCAAUCCGAGCCCAUUAAAGUAAUUAAAGUCCUAACUGAGGCAACAUCAACAAUCAAUGAUAACAAUAAUAAUCAUCAUGGAAAUGGAAUUGAAUUAAUCAACAAUUCAAAUACCUGUAAUAACAAAUUAAUCUCACACUUCAUCAUACCUGAUCUACUUCAUUUUGCAUCUUACCUUUUCCUAUUAUAUUUACUACGAACUCCUGAAUGUGAACGUCUUGAGAAUCUAAUGGAACGAGGAUUUUUACAAUUAAGUCGAACUGCUAAUUGGUUUCUUGAGAGUCGACAUUUAAUAUCAACACUUCGUAGUUUCCUUUUACUAUCAACCCUUUGGAUAAUCUGUUCAAUCAUAUUACACAUAAUCCAUUUCAACGUAACUCUGGUUAAUUUUAAUUGUCUACCCAAUUCGUUUGGUGUUAAUCUAUCAAUUAAUUCCUCGUCCACUUUAUCACCUUUUCAUGGUGAAAUGAACAACAAUUCAUCAACAUCUUCCAAUUCAAUCAUCACUGAUUAUCUGUUGAAUCAUAAAUUGUUCAAUGUUAAUCAUGUUCACACAAUUAUAAUCUACAUCACUGUUACCUGUUUAAUUGUCUUCGAUAUCAUUUGUUCAGCCGUUGUCUCAUCUUAUGCUGUUCAUUGUCAAUUAAAUAUCUCAUUUAUUAAUUCACUUUGUCAAGGAGUUCGAGAGAAACGAAUUAGCUUCCAGGAGUUUUAUCAACGUGCUGAGGAAUCAAGGAAAUUUGUUUCUUAUUUGAAUAACAAUCAAGCGAUUUGUGUCUCGUUGGUUUCAAUUGUUUUCAUUUGUAAAAUUUGCCUCUACUCAUUUCAAUUGGUUUCUCGGUACAACAAUUACGUUAAUUACACUUUACUCAUUUUAUCCGCGAUUCUCUGGAUUAUCAUCUUACUAAUCCCAAUGAUCCAAGCAGUCAGAUUAACGGGAUCUUGUUGUAUGUUACGUAACCUUGGACACGAAUUGAAAGCUCGUCCCUUUGGUUAUCAACACACCGAUGAAUCUGAACUUAAUUCAUUACUCGCUUACACUUCAUCUCUUGACAUGAUGGCUAAAUUGUUCAAUUUACCAAUUAAAUCAUCAUCAAUUGUAUUGAUUUUCACGUUAAUUCUAAUCGGUGUUCCGUUAUUAGGCCAAAUCGGAGUAAUCUCACUUUAAUUGUUUACCUUUUUUCCUUGUUUUUUAUUAAUUAUUUUAACUAAUCAACUGCCUCUUCCUCUUAUCCGUUGAUUCAAUGAAUCAAUUUUUAUGUAUAAUUUUAUAUUUUUUGUUAAUUUUUCAUUUUAUUUUUCCUUCUAUGAAAUUAAUCAACCAAAUUAUUUAAAAUCUACUCUCUUACACCAACUAAUCAACAAUUAACUGAUCAUCUCAAUUACCUUGUUUGGUUUAAUCAUCAUAAUAGUGAUUAUUUUUUUUUUCUUAGUUAAAUGAUAAAUUGUUGCAAAUUUGUCUCAAUAUUAAUUAAACCUACACAGAAAUAAAGUUAAUUUUUGAUCAGUCAA